CCUCCGACCAAAACGGGCUGCGCCCUCGUUUCAUCGUCUUCCUGGUUCCUGGGUUUAUCGUUCUUGUCCGGGCGUUAGGGUUCUGUCGCUCGAGACCACACGUCGGACCGACAAGAGGCGAACAGCGGCUUCUUCAACCCGAUUGCCGUCGCCAUUGACGGAAAACCAGCGGAAGGACCUGAGAUGGUGGAUGCUCGGCCGGGCAUUCCUCCGAUUGCUGGACUGUGCUUUUGGGGAAUAGUGGAAUUUCCGCAUUGAAGCUCCGAAGUACGCGCGAAUCGGUCUCUUUUCAUUGAGCAGCUCGGAGAUUGUGUUGUUUGGGUUCGGUCUUCAAUGGCCACCCCGGCGUGGUUGCAGCAGGAGGUGCAACCCGCCGCGCCUCCUGCCGCAGUGUCCCCGGGCGCUCCUCCGCCAGCAGCCAUGGAUGUGAGUGCUUGCGCGAACGAUUCGAAGCCCGAACCCGCCCAGGCAAAAUUUGCCAACGCGCCGGGCUUUGUGGUUCCGGCACCUUCGUUCUCCUAUACGGUGCUGUCCAACGCGAGCGCGGCACCUGCUGCACCUAAUCAGGUUAUGAACCUGAAUCCACCAAACUUUUCCUCUGUCGUCCAACCUCCGGUUCCUGGGAUAUCGCCUCCUGCCGGCCCCUCCUUUUCAUACAAUGUUUCCCAAAAUGCUGCCAGCAUUCAUGGCAAACAUGUGCAGCAAACUAGCACAAUGCAGAAUACGUCAGGAAAUGUUGCACCGCAUGCAGGUGUCUCGUCAUCCGCUUCUACUACUUCUCAGCUAGAUCGAUUGCCUGGUCAGCCACCUCAAAAGGAUGUGGUGUCUAACAUCAGUCCUGCAACUGCAUGGGCAUCAUCUCCGAGGCCAUUUUCUCUUUCUACUGGAGUACCAGGAACACCUGGUUUACCUGGUCCGCCGGGAUUAACCCCGCCUGCACCGGUAUCCUCCAAUUCCAUGAUUCCAUCCCUCACAUCUGAUCCUUCCCCCUCUUCCCUGAGACCGAAUAUUGUCGGUGGCCCUGUAGCCACCAAUCCAGGAGUUCAGCCGCAAGUAUACUCUGCCUAUCCAUCUAUGCCUCCUAUGGCUGCAAAUCCUCAGGCACUCUGGUUACAACCUCCACAGAUGAGUGGCAUGGCUCGACCCCCGUUUGUGCCAUAUCCUGCUGUACUGCCUGGCCCCUUUCCUUUUCCAGCAACUGGUGGUCCUAUUUCAUCUAUGCCAUCACCAGACCCUCAACCUCCUGGUGUUACUCCUUCAGGAUCUGCAGGGGGGAUGUCGUCGUCCUCUGUGCCUGGCCAGCAGAUGGCUGGCAAUUCAGCUACACAAACAGAAGUACAGCCUCUUGCAGACGAUACUAGUAAACAUGUUAAUGGGAUGAAUGAAGCUGCAGCAAAUGAACAAUUGGAUACUUGGACUGCCCACAAAGCGGACUCUGGAGUGGUUUACUACUAUAAUGCUUUGACUGGAGAAUCUACUUAUGAAAAACCUGCUUGCUUUAAGGGGGAGCUUGAUAAUGUCGCCUCGAAAGCCGCUCCAAUAUCAAUGGAGAAAUUGGCUGGCACAGAUUGGGAGAUUGUUACCAUGAAUGAUGGAAGGAAAUAUUAUUACAAUCACCAAACCAAGUUGAGCAGCUGGCAAAUCCCGAUCGAGGUUAGCGAAUUAAGGAAGAAGCAGGAUGAUAACUCAUCAAAAGAAAAUCUGAUAUCAAUGGCAAGUGCUAAUCCAAAUGAAAAAGGAUCUGCUCCUAUUAGUUUGAGUGCUCCUUCUAUUAACACAGGUGGCCGUGACGCCACAGCCCUUAGGACCUCUGGUGUACUGGGGUCCUCCUCGUCAUCAGCGCUGGAUUUGAUUAAGAAAAAGUUGCAAGAAUCUGGAACUCCUAGUAAUUCUUUGCCAGUUCCAGCUGCAUCUGGAGCAGCAAUAUCAGAACUCAAUGGGUCAAAAUCAGCAGAGGGAACAAGCAAGGUCCUCCAAAGUGAUGGCAGCAAAGACAAAGUAAAAGAUAAUGGAGAUGGUAAUAUGUCUGAUUCUUCUUCUGAUUCAGAGGAUGCAGACAGUGGACCAACGAAGGAGGAGCGUAUUCGGCAAUUUAAGGAGAUGCUUAAGGAACGAGGUGUAGCUCCAUUCUCAAAGUGGGAGAAGGAACUUCCAAAGAUCGUAUUUGAUCAACGUUUCAAGGCUAUACCAAGUUACUCUGCUAGAAGAUCAUUAUUCGAACACUAUGUUAAGACACGUGCUGAGGAGGAGCGCAAGGAAAAGCGAGCAGCACAGAAGGCUGCUAUAGAAGGAUUUAAACAGUUACUGGAGGAGGCAUCGCAGGAUAUUGAUCACACAACUGAUUAUUACACUUUUAGAAAGAAAUGGGGCAACGAUCCACGGUUUGAGGCCUUGGAACGGAAGGAUCGAGAGAAUUUAUUGAAUGAAAGGGUCCUCCCUUUAAAAAAGGCUGCUGAAGAAAAGGCUCAGGCAAUGCGUGCUGCUGCCACUUCUAGUUUUAAAUCCUUGCUUCGAGAUAAAGGAGAUAUAACUGUCAAUUCCCGUUGGUCCAGGGUAAAGGAUAGUCUCAGGGAUGACCCAAGAUACAAGUCAGUGAAGCAUGAGGACAGGGAGGCCUUGUUCAAUGAGUAUAUAACUGAAUUGAAGGCUGUGGAAGACAGAGAAGAAAACGAGGCAAAAGCCAAGAGGGAAGAGCAGGAGAGACUGAAGGAAAGGGAAAGAGAAUUGCGAAAACGGAAGGAAAGAGAAGAACAAGAAAUGGAGAGGGUACGGUUAAAAAUACGCAGGAAAGAGGCAAUUGCUUCUUUUCAAGCAUUGCUUGUUGAAACAAUCAAGGACUCUCAGGCUUCCUGGACGGAGUCAAAAGUUAAAAUUGAAAAAGAUCCUCAAGGACGUGCCAGUAAUCCUGAUUUGGAUCCAGCUGACACAGAGAAACUCUUCAGGGAGCACAUCAAGCUUCUGCACGAGCGAUGUUCCAACGAGUUCAGAGCUCUCCUCUCGGAAUUUAUUACUUUGGAGGCAGCUUCACGGGAAAUGGAAGAUGGGAAAACAUUGCUUAACUCGUGGUCAACAGCUAAGCGGCUUCUAAAGCCCGACCCAAGGUACAACAAGAUGCCAAGAAAAGAGAGAGAAACAUUGUGGCGACGGUAUGUGGAGGAGAUGCAGCGAAAGCAGAAGUCAGGCGACGAUGACAGAGAAGAGAAAAACGUGGAUGCAAAAGGUCGAAGUGCUGCUAAUUCUGGAAGGUUACCAACUGGAUCGAGGAGAGCUCAUGAUCAGAGAUAGCUUAUCGGAGAGAGCUUCUCUAUGGUGAGAGAUCAACUGUGCUUUAACGAAAUUUUCCGUUUCCAUUGGAGAGUGAACCUCCUAAUUUUUGUACACAUUGGAGUUCCCCCUCCCCUUAGUUUAUAGCUUAUAAUCUAACUACUCCUGGGAUUAGUCAACACCCCGCUUUUAGGUGUUUUGACCCCUAAUGUUUAUUAGUAGGCUAUGUGGGUUAAAAAAAAGUUUAGCGAGUCAAGAACCAGAGCUUUAUAUUGUUCUUUCUCUAGCAUCACAUAUCAUCGAAUUAUAGAAACGUGCUCUGGGGGACAGAGUAGGCAUUGUAGAUCUACAGUGGUAUGACCUGACAAAUCUUCUUCAUCUGUGUAUGAAUAAGCAAUUGUGCAAUUUCAAAGAGAAUUUUUUC